AUGAGCAAUCCUCCGAAACAAGAACAACAACAACGCAUAAGCAACAAGUACGGUGAUGAAACUAAUACUCCUUACCAAUCACGGUGGUCCGUUAACGAACUCAAGGAAAGACCAACAAACAUCUCGGUAUUUUCUCGUAUUUAUGAAGAAUACAGUGAUGCUGAACAUUUCUUUGACUUUACUCAUAAAACAGCUUCGAUUUUACUUCAAACAAAGACUGCUUCAUUUGUAUUCGCUGUAUCUCUUAUUUUACCAUUGAUUAUGAUGAGUGUUGGUAUAUCAAAUUUAGAAGAAUGUCCAUUAAACCGUAACAUUCCAGUUUUUGUACUGGUUGGCGGUGCCAUUGCUUCAUUAAAAUUACUUCAAGUUCUUUGGAAACAAUAUAAUCGUCGUCGUGGCCCUGCUGAAGAAGAAGCUUCUGACACUCGUAACGGAUCGACAUUCAUGGAUGUUCUCACAACGUUAUUUCUUAUUGUUUGGUUUAUAUAUGGCAACCAUAUCAUAUACCGUUAUCGUAUACCACAUUUUGAACAAACAACUGAAGAGCCUGAAAAUUGGUGUACAAAAAAUGUGUAUCUUUUAACUAUGAUAAGUGUUGCUUAUACAUAUGCACUUGUUACACUAACUAUAUUAAUUGUUCUUAUUGUUGUAUGCACUGUUCAUUUUCGAAAUCAUCGUCGUGCCGUACGAGAGGCUGAUGAAGCCGAAUGCGCAUGA